AAAUAUGCCGACUUCUCUUGGAUUACUUCAUCUCUGAAAUGUCGGCGAAUCAGGAUGAUCCAGUGUAUAACGAAUACGUGAAUUUGAAGAUCUCUUUGAAUUCGACAUCUUCCUUACCCGAUUCGAAGUCUACGAAUGGAACCGAAGGUACCCGUCCGCUCGUGCAACCGAUCGAAGGGGAGCCGAAAAAUUACACCAUUCGAUAUACGUUCGGCAGCAUGUCGCCUCAACACAAGAUAAUCGAGGAGACAAGUGGGAUCAAGUAA